UAAACACAGCGGGCAACUUGCACACACGUUUGGCGAAGAGCGCGUUUUACCUGGUUUUACGCGCUAGUGGUGCAGCACGUCACAGCUUUUCACAGCAGCCGCUCGGCCUACAGCACCAACCAUUUAUAUAACAGCCAAGCGGCCGAGCGAACCCUUGUCGCCACUUUUCCAGCUGCGACGAAGUCGCGGAAAGAAGUUGAAAACGUUCCAGUCAUGGACAGCAAGAACUGCGUGGUCGUAAGUGUUCGGUUCCGUCACUACACUCCGCUGCCGCAGAAGAAACUAAUACCAGACAACUUUUGUGGCUACAGCACGGAACUAUUCUGUAUUCCCAAGCACUACAAGGAUGACGUCGAGUGUGUCUUCCUCCCGUGCGGACUUGUUCAAGACAGGAUAGAACGAAUGGCCCAAGACAUUGUCUUGCACUACCAGGAAAAACCAUUCCGGGCACUCUGUGUCCUCAAAGGAGGCUACCGUUUCUUUGCGGAUAUGCUCGACAGAGUGCGGCACUACUACCACUUCAACCAGUACUCGACACCGUUCUCCACUGACUUCAUCAGAGUCAAGAGCUACAUUAAUGACAAGUCGAGAGGUGAAGUAACUGUCAUGGGGCUGGACAGCAUGGAAGCACUCAAGGGACAGAAUAUCCUGAUUGUUGAAGACAUCAUUGAGACUGGGAAAACAAUGGCUGCUCUUGUGGAGUACCUUAAGGCUUUUGAACCUAAAGAGGUCAAGGUAUCCAGCUUGUUUGUCAAGAGGAGCCCGAGGAGCUCUGGUUACAAGCCAGAUUACUGCGGCUUCGAAAUACCUGACAAGUUCGUUGUUGGCUAUGCCUUGGACUACAAUGACCAUUUUCGUGACCUAAGCCAUGUCUGCAUCAUCAGCAGCCAAGGCAAAAAGAAGUAUGCAACAGCACGAUUCUAAGCCCCCCUGAUGUCUUUGUCGACCUGUUACCUCCAUCAGAAGCAUAUUAUCUGCAGUAGUUGCAUACAGACGCAAUAUUGGCCGAGCAGUCACAGUUGCGUUUCACGGAAGACUGUGUUCAGUAGACUGGUGUGCUAGUAGCACCUACCUUACUUGUGUGCUUUGUUCACUUGCACUUACGUACUUCUGCUACUUAACAGUACGCAUUCCAUGACAGACACACAGUGAGACAUGUAUGCUGUGGUAACGUGAGGUGCAAUGUUUUGCUCUCUCAGAAAAUUGCAUUUCGUUAAAGAACCGGUGAUGUUGCAUGACUGCCAAUGCAGUGCUUAUGUAACUAUUGUUAGCGUCAAUUGUUUCAUGGUGAAAACUGCCCAGUGAUGUCUGUACUUCAUGUGCCAGAGGUUAUUUUCGUAAAAUAAAUACGUUUUUUUGCAAGAA